UACAUGCAGCCUGACAAUGAAUUGUGUAAGAAAUUUGGCAGCUCAGCUUUUUUGGAUAGCAACUGUGUUUGGAGCUGCUUUUGGAUCAUGUAUCAUUUCACAUCCGCAAAAUGUAACUGGAUAUGUUGGGGAGAGAUUAAUGUUCGGCUGUGUCGCUUCUUGCGGGGAAAAAUUUUGGAGACUAAAUGGUUCUUUUGCUCAAAGGGAAACGGAAUAUCCAUAUCGAGCCGUCAUUGUUAAUGAUUGGAUAUAUACACUAUCAGUUGAGGCGUCUGCUGCUACAAACAACUCUGUUGUAACUUGUUGGCUAUUGAAUCCUCCUAAUAACGAAGAAAGCAAUGCCAUAAUUAUUGUGCAAGGAACAGUUGCAGAACCAACUAGUGUACUUGUCAAUUACGAUGACAAUUAUGUCAACCUUUCAUGGAACCAACCCUACACUCUGCCUGAGACAGAGUUAGAGUUUGCUAUCAAUGUUUCCAUGGGUAGUAAUUACAGGUUGUUCACAACAGCUGAAACUCAAAUAUCAUUCUCUUACUCUUUCCUAAAUAUUGAUCGCUGCAUUUCUGAUCACACUGUCAAUAUAACAGUUUAUGGCGUGAAUGGAGCAGGUGAAGGUGAACCAUCAUUUGUACAAGCCAUGAUUCCACAGUCUCAAUCAAAGAAUUGCAGCCAAGCAAUCAAUCGACUUGGCCCUCCAACUGAUGUAAAUACGUAUACUGUUGUUGAGGAGACAUCCCUAAUACUCUCAUGGCAGUCUCCUCUCCUCCUGAAUUCUCCUGAUGUUAUCGUGUGUUACAAGAUAUCACUUAAUGUUAGUACGUCUCUGCAUCCCCUUAGCACACUCACACAGUUCAUGCUCAAUUGCACUGUUGAUACCACCUACAACUUCUCUUUUUCUGCCAUUGGCAUUAAUCGAUGUAAUGAAGAUUACCUUGUUGAAGUACAUGUUGCUGGAGUGGACAUGGCACAGGUGGAAGGUGAUUUUGCAAGGAUAACAAAAAUGAUACCAUCGACACAAAUUUGCUCACCAACAGUGAAUGAGGAUCGUAUCACUACUGUGACAAUCGGACAUACCCCAUCCGCUUCCAAUGUUUUAAUUACGAUUGCUGCUACAACUCCUGCUGUAAUAACUUUAACAUUGGGUGCGUCAGCUACAUUGAUCAUAGUGCUCUUGAUAAUAAAGAAGCAACAAUGGAGGUCAACUCCUCAUCAAGAUCCUGAUGUAGACCUGGAAGAAAAUGAAGCCUAUGGCAUACGUUUAUCAAUGAAAAUCAAUAAUGCAUAUGGCUGCAGUUCCAAUGAAGAACAGCACAUCUAUGAAGAAAUUGUACUUGAAAGUCGAGUGGAACUUGAAGCCCAUGGAACUGCAUAGAAUGAAGCAUGCACGCUCAUACAUAAUUAUAGUCCAAGAAGUACUGUUCAGUACUUAGCUAAAUACAAAUCAAUCACAUGCACAUCUGUUUCAGUGUAUACCUCCACUUUUCAUAAUAAUUUGCUG